AUGAAACUCCUAACUCUCAAUUUCCUUACCUGCGCCGUGAAAGCGUGCAAAUCAACCAGCGCAUCGUUUCCUCUUCAUCCAAAAGAAUGCUCGCUAGUUAGUAACGAUAUACCUUUAAACACUGCUUUACUUCUCAAUAUUCUGCCGCGGAUUGAUUGGAAGGCGCUAUGUGUCAUUGCUUCUGAGCUCUCGUUCCCCGCCCUCCCUCCCACACCACCCACCCCCGAAACCCUCCAAGAAGACGAAAAAAUGAUGAAGGAACUCCAUACGCUUCUUUUGGAAACAGAAAUCGACGAAGGAAGUUUGGUCUGUGGGAAUUGUGGACAUGAGUAUCGUGUUAAGGAAGGGAUUGGAAAUUUCUUGUUGCCGGGACAUUUGGUUUAG